AUUCUAGAUCAUCAGGGCCACUUGGUAGAGAGAAUUGACUUCUAGGUGUGUCAUGGAGGCUUUGGGGAAGGUACUUUCCUGUCCAGUGUGUUUGGAUCUGUUCACCCCACCCGUUCUUGUCCUUUCUUGUUCCCACAACUUCUGCAAACAGUGCCUGGAGCAGAUACUUCUCUGCCAGAAUUGCACCCACGUGAAUGGGCAGUUUUGCUGUCCAGUGUGCAGGAAAGUCAUAUAUUUGAGAGGAAGGGGGACGAAUGGUUUGCAGAGGAACAUUUUGGCAGAAAACAUACUGGAAAAAUUUAAAGAUGAACUGGAAACUAUCCAUGCCAAGGAGCAAAACCAGCUCGCUCAAAUGUGUGAAAAACAUGGAGAAAUUAUGAAUCUGAUGUGCCUGAGUGAUGAUGAACCAAUAUGUGGAAUCUGCAAACUCUUUGGUGACCAUAAACCUCACAGGAUUGCAAAAAUAUCAGAAGCAUAUUCAGCGAGGAAAGUUAGCUUUGCCGAGGAUAUACAGCUGGUACUUCAGAAAUCUGAAAGCACAACUCAAGCAACAGAGGAAACGGAAAAACUGAUCAGUGAGCUCAUCACCAGCACAGCAGACACUCGAGCUAUGAUCGACACCAUUGGAAGUAGCCUAUUAAAUGGUAUCAAAUUUAGAAUUGCCACCUUGAAAAAGAAAUUAGACAAUGAACACUCUACCAAGUUAGAGAAAUUACAGCUUGUUGCCAGGGAACUUCAAGCCCCUAGACAGCUAUAUCAACAGAUGAAAACCCUCCUGGAACAACAUUUGAAUGCAGUACAGUUCCUUCACGAAGAUAAAAAGCUCAGGACAGAAAUGGAGAGACUUAUGGAAGGCAACUCUCUCCCAAAGGUGCCAGUAAAAGAUAACAUUUCAAUCAGGCACUAUUUUCAAGAGCUCAUCAAAGGCAUGAACAUUACUGAUUUUGUCCUCGCUAAAACUGACCAGGUGUUGAUGAAUGCUGCUGAACUGUGCGAGGCCUGGCAGUCAGGGUGUUCAACACAGAGCAGUUUGUCAGGAGAUAUUUCAGAUGAAAUUUUCUGCAAGUCCGUGUUGGGUUUAUUUCGGAAACCAAAUGAAAAGGAACCUAAUCUUCCUCGAAACCCAUCUUGUUCAGCCUGUAGUCCAUCUACUACCGUUAGCCCUACACAGGAAAAUGAUUCUGGGUCAAAAGAGUCAACAGUAUAAAGCAAUAUUUAGGGCAUGGAGAUGAAUGCUGCUUCUAUCACUGCAAAUGUAGUCAGAAAGACAUGACUACAUUAAAAAAGAAAAAAAAAAUAAAAUAAUUCAAGCUGCAA